AUGCCGCAUCAGUUGCAAACUCCGAUCGUUCUGACUCCUGGCGGAAGCAACUUCUUGUACGUACAGACUGACACGCUCGCUGUGGAAGAGAGGCGCAACCAUUUAUUCCUACGAAAACUUAACCUUGACACCAAAGGGAAGGGUCUGGAACGCCCGCCUAUAAUAUUCGAUGGCCUUCUUCCUCGGAUCGAGACACGUGGGCAGAGCAGAGUUUCCUCCACCAAGAGCGGCAAGAAGAAGGACGACAUCAGCAGACCACAGGAUUGCGUCCAUCAAGAUGAGAGUGUGAGUCUGAGCGAUGCAGCAAAGCGUUCUGAACCAACGGCGGUUGACGACACUGCAGCCUUUCCAGCUUCACGCCAGGAGAAUCAAGAUUGA